AUGUUUGAACAAAAUACACGUGAUUCAGAGGCUAAAAAAGAAGCAUUACAAAAUUUAAGCAAUUCAGAAAAUGAGGCAAGAGCAGAAAUCCGUGCAAUACGCAAUGAGAAUUAUACACUGAAAGUAAAACUUAGACAACAAUUAGUUCAAACAGAGGAGACAAUUAAACAGUUGAAAAGACAACAUGAAUUAGAUGUAAGAGAUUAUUGUCAGAGUGUAAUUAUUCCUCAGCAUUUAUAUCUAACUUUUGUCCGUUUACAGUAUACCUCUACAGGUCACUAG